AUGACACAAUCGAGCGGCAACACCGUAGACUUUGACGUUGUCAUAGUCGGCGCCGGCAUCUCUGGGAUCAACACUGCUUAUCAUGUCCAGACAAGGGCACCGAAAGGGACCUCCUAUGCGAUUUUCGAGGGCCGAGAUGUUAUCGGCGGUACCUGGGACCUGUUUCGCUAUCCAGGUAUUCGGACGGAUUCCGAUGUCCACACUUUUGGCUUCUCCUGGCACACUUGGGCCGGAGAAAAGCCUCUUGCAGCGGGACAACAGAUUCUCAACUAUAUGCAACAAGCAGCUACAAGUCACGGCAUCGAUAAGAACAUUCGCUUCCGCCAUAAAGUCCUCUCGGCGGACUGGGACUCAAAGCUCUUGUCGUGGUCAAUCAAGGUGCUUGCUGAUGGGCAACCACAAACGUUCCGCGCAUCCUUUAUCAUCUUGGGAACCGGAUAUUAUGACUAUGACGAACCUCUUGCUGCUGAGAUUUCCGGGAUCGAAAGAUUCAAGGGGCCUGUCAUUCAUCCGCAAUUCUGGCCCGAGGCUUUCGACUACAGUGACAAGAGAGUUGUCAUCAUUGGCAGCGGAGCCACGGCCAUCACAUUGGUGCCUGCAAUGUCGGAGGAGGCUGAUCAUGUCACCAUGCUUCAGAGAAGCCCGUCCUAUGUAUAUUCUCUGCCUACUAGAGACUUGGUUGGGACAAUCAUUCGCAAGAUUCUACCUCAUCCUAUCGCUCGACGCAUCAAUCGCCUACGCUGGGUUUUCCUGAGCAAUUUUCUUUACUCCUUCUGCACUUGGUUUCCCAAGGUGGCCAAGUUCCUUCUUACCAAGGCAGCUCGAAAGCAACUCCCGUCAAGCGUAUCGUGGCAUCCUCAUUUCAACCCGAGAUAUGACCCCUGGCAACAGCGACUCUGCUUCUGCCCAGAUGGUGACUUCUACUCUUCGCUUCGGUCGGGAAAAGCAGAUGUGGUUACUGGAAUCAUCAAAGAUAUCACUGCGAAUGCGAUCGAACUCCAAUCAGGAGAGAUACUACACCCUGAUAUUAUUGUCACUGCCACCGGGCUCAACCUCAAAUUCGGGGGUGGGGUGAAACUUUCGGUUGAUCAGCAGGAAGUUGACCCCACUCAACGAUUCAUGUGGAAAGGAUCUCUGCUACAGGAUGUGCCAAACAUGGUCUUUAUACUGGGAUACUUUAAUGCUUCUUUCACGUUAGGUGCAGACGUGACGGCGGAGCUGUUGGUCAGACUACUUUGCACUAUCCAUAAGAAAGGGGCACGAGCUAUUGUUCCACGGAUUCAGGAUCUAGAAUCUACGAAGGAGCAGUCCGUAACCGGGUUGACAUCGACGUAUGUCACGGCUGGGGCAAGUCACCUCCCUAAAGGUGGCCAGGGAAUGUGGGCGCCAAAGUCUAGUUACUUCCCAGAUAUGCUCAAGGCUAAGUGGGGAAGUAUCACGAAGGACCUGGAGUUUCUGUAUGAUGAGUCAAAUUAG